CUAGCCUACCAUUUACGUUGGCAGCGCUGCACACGUCAACCAAUAAUGUCAAGUUCGUGACUUUUGUCCCAGUUUUGAAAAAUGUCUCACGACGCCUCUUUCAGUAUUGUGUCAAAAUUGAGCGGUCUUUUGGGCACAAGUGAACCCGCCCUCCGCCUCCUCCUCACAAUCUUGGCCGGCUACCCUUUGGCCCUGGUCCACCGCAAGUACAUCUAUGGCACAGCCGCGCCUGUCCAGCACCUAUUCUCCAUCACUUGCGGCUUUCUGUUAGGUUACUGGAACUACGGUUUCGAUAUUUUCCACACAAUCUUUGCCAUAAGUGUGACCUAUGCGGUGCUAAAUAUUUUGGGGGGGAAGUCCCUAAGUGUGGCAAUUGUGUUUGUUUUUAACCUCGUGUACCUUUUAACCGGCUAUUAUUACGCAGGGACGGACUCGUACGAUAUCAACUGGACUAUGCCCCAGUGUAUUCUUGUCUUGCGCCUCAUUGCCGUAGCGUACGACUAUUACGACGGCCAACAGCCGGAGGAGUCCCUGGGGGCGGAAAACCGCAAAGUGGCCCUAAAAACGUGCCCCAAUGUUUUGGAAUUUUUCGCUCAUGCCCUAUUCCCGGCCAGUUUCAUGGUGGGGCCCCAAUUCCCCAUGAAAAAGUACCAGGAUUUCGUGGCGGGGAAAUUCGAGCGCGAUUGCACCGAAGCCGCAGUUAGGAGAUUCGCCCUUGGGGUGUUUUAUUUGGUUGUGUUCCAACUUUUGGGGCUGCUUGUCUCCGACGAUUACAUGUACUCCCCCGAGUUCCGGGAGUUGGGUUUCGUGAAAAAAAUGCUACUUAUGGGGCUAUGGGGGCGGUUUACGCUCUAUAAGUACAUUUCGUGUUGGUUGUUGACUGAAGGGGCGUGUAUUCUGUUCGGGUUGGCCUACAACGGCAAAGGGGCCAAUGGGGAGUCGCUGUGGAACGGGGUGGAGAAUGUCAAGUUGGGGACGUUUGAGAAUACGACUGAGUUUACGCAUUACAUUCAGUCGUUUAAUAUUAACACGAAUCACUGGUCCGCCCAGUAUAUUUACAAGAGGUUGAAGUUUUUGGGGAAUCGGCAUGUUAGUCAGUUGGCGACGCUGCUGUUUUUGGCGGUCUGGCACGGGUUUCACUCCGGUUACUACGUUUGUUUUUUCUUUGAGUUUAUGGUCGUUUACAUGGAACGAGAAGUCAAAUCAAUCGUUAAUAAUAAUGCGCAAUUGAGUGAGUUUUUCUCGAGGCCUGGGGUGGGGCUUGUUGUUAAAAUUUUCUUGAGGAUUUACACUUUUGUGUUUAUGGGUUGGUGUCUUAUGCCGUUUGCGCUCUUGAAGUUUGAGAAGUAUUGGGCGGCGUUUAGUGGUGUGAGUCAUGUUGGCUCCAUUUUCUUUCUAUUGUGGCCUGUUGUGUACGGACCGAUUCUUAAAGCCGUGUUUAAGAGGGACAAGAAGAAGGAGCGAAAUGAAUGAAGGAGAGUGUGGGUGAAAAAUUACUGUAGUCGCACGUACUUAUAUGCAAUUUUUUUAAAUUGUGGUGUCACAGCACAAUU